AUGAGCGAAGAUGAAUUGUAUAGUUAUAAGUCAAGACAUCCCGUGUCCUUGUCGACCACAUCAUCCUACCAACAGCUUCCUGCUUCAAAGGUGCCUUGUCAAAGUUUUCCUUCUAAACUACAUAUGGCAAGCCAACCAAGUGAAAUAUCGCAUAAUGCUACAGAAAGACGUAGUGUGAUGCGCGGUGUUCAAACAUUGCCUCAACGUAGAAACCAGUCUAGUGAUUCAAAACAUUCAAAACCGCAACAAGUACAAUCUCCAUCAAAUGCUCGACCAUUUGAAUACGAAUAUCAUACGUUCGUAAAUCCCACCUCAGCGUCAAAUGUUAACAAUGGAAUGGGAGUUGCAAAGAAUCCCCCUGAUAAAGAACCGAGCCCAAAUACAGCCAACGUGACAGAAAGUGUGCUUGAAAGUAUGAUGUUACUUCAGCAAAGACAAGCUGAAACAUUGAUAUCAACCCAUCAACAGCUCACCGCUUCAAUGACUUUACCACAACCAUCUAUAAACGUAUCUAAAGGCGAUCCUCUAGAAUACAGAACUUUCGUUAUGUACUUUGACACCCGAAUACAGUAUCGAGUUAAUAACAACGCAGACCUACUGUAUUAUUUAAACCAACAUUUGAGUGGAGAACCGAAAGAUAUGAUUGAAGGUUGUUUACACAUGGAUCCGGAAAUAGGCUAUACGGAAGCAAGACGGUUGCUGAAGAGUAUGGGGAUCCAUACCAGAUAUCCAUGGCGUACAUCCAGAGAAUCCUCAAUUGGCCACUCAUCAAAUCGGACGAAGGAAAAGCCCUAA